GCCGUCCCUUUUGUGAGAACGCGGUGGAGUUGGACUGCUGAUCUGCGACAGCGGACAGAUGGCGCAGUCGGUUGUUCGCGAGGCAACAUCUGGUGCACUUCUGAGCAUGCUUUGCACGAGCCACCGGCUACGAUCGAACACGGGUCCGGGACAUGCAGCGUGUCGAGAUUGGUGCCUGUGUCACCAGAGGAGCGCUCUGCAACCUCUUGGUCCUGCACAUGGAGGUGGGAGGCUCCCUGUCUUCGAUAAGCUGUGCUCAGUCCGCGGAUGUGGAAGCUGCGUGGAAUGUUCCUGCUUCUUAAAGCGUCGGUGCAGCGACGGUCUGCUCGGCGACCAUAGCAGACGCUUCGCGUCUGAUCUAUCGCCAGAGUCGCCUAGCUUAGGGCGCCGUAGCGACUCGUCGACGCCGCCGCCGUUGCAGGAGCAUGCGGAAUCGGGAUGGGCUCGAGAUUCCCUGAGCGCUCGGUAUAAUUGCUUGUCGACAUCGUCAGUUUGCAGGGCGGUUCAUGCGCCUGACGUGUUGCCCUUGCCUUCCAAUUCGCCCGAGGUGGCCUCCACAGGAAAACGGAGGAGGGGUGUAAAGGUCGCUGAGGGUGGUCCCGCUGCCGCCGGCAGCGAAAGGGAAGCGGGGAAUGUUUCUUCCCAGUCCACAGCGACAUCUUCCCGUGGGGAGGGAACAACGGCGGUGACUGCGCCACCUAUCCGUUCCCCGAAGAAGACGGGCAAUUCCACAGGAGCGUCUCCGUCAUCGUCAUCUUUUGGGUCCCCGCCCCGACUUCAGACUCCAGACAAGGAACAGAACAAGCGGAACGAACGGUUUGGCAAUGCUAACAGGAGGAAAAGGGCAAACGCGCCGCUGCUCGAUCCUGUCCAAGCCAUGUGGCUGGAAGCUCUGGAAGCUGCGAAGCUAACGAUAGAACAGAAUAUGCGCGACAAGAAAGAGAAGCAAAAGGACAAACAGGGGUUGACUGGCAGGUCUGGUUUGGUUGCAGGACAGCGGCCGGAGCAGAGACAAGAAAAGACGGCAACGUCCACAUGGAGGGAUGCAGAGUCACCCCAGCAGGCGGUGAAAGGAGCUGGAAAGGAAAACAGCUAUGUGCGGAAAGAACUUCAACAAGACGGCAAAGGAGCAAGGCAUAGGAAAGUGUCAGUGAAUUCCGCUCCGGAAUUGGCUGACAGCAGAAGCGGGACACCGAAGGCAGGAGGCGAGGCUGGGGUUGAUAGUAAAAAGACUCAGCAGCGUCCGUCUAUUCCACAGCUGCAGCUGCAGUUAUUGAAGAAACAGCAGCAGAAAAGGCAGCAGCAGCAGCAGCAGCAGCAGCAGCAGCAGCAGCAGCAGCAACAACAACAACAACAACAACAACAACAACAACAGCAGCAGUGGAAGCGCCAAGUGGCGCAACCACAACAAGCGACCCAGCAUCUUUCGCGGCAAGCAGCGAGAGCGGGACAAUGGCAAGAGAACACUGCGAGUCAGGGACAAUUCCAGAUACAAGAAGAAGAAGAAGAAGAAGAAGAAGAAGAAGAAGAAGAAGAAGAAGAAGAAGGGGAAGAGCAGAGGCUGAAACGCGGACAUUACCACGGAGAGCAGCAGGAGAAGCGUGACCAAGGGGAGGAGGGGCAUAUUGUGAAGAAAUCAGGCGACAAGGGGGUAAAAACUCAGCAAGUGCAAAAGAAGGGAGAAAGGCAGAGGAGCAGUGAGUGUCUUGAUCCUUCGAUCUCUGGCAAUGUUAUCGGGAAAGAUAGUGAGCAGCUGUCAUCGUUUGCUCCGCACAGGCCUUCACAGUCUGGAUUGCUGCAUCGCUCGCCGGCAAGUGAUGUGAGUGUGUUUGGGCCAUGGAUCGAACCCGGGAAAACGUUGAGCAGUAGAGGGAGCAAGGUGCACUUCAAUAAUCAGCUGGUUCAGGAGGCUGUCCGUGCGUUGAAUUUGCGCACAGCAAAGGGACUGGUGGGUGGUAAGAGUGUGAGGGAGGUGAUGACAGACCUAGAUGGCCGCGUAGCCAUCGUUGAUGUGAACCAGAUUGUGAGGGAGCUGGGAAAUCGAGGCAACUGGAGCUCUGCAAUGGACGUCUUUCGUUGGAUGAGAGAGAAAUCGACGGCCGGGAAAGCAAACUACGAACCAAUUAUCCGCCCAAAUGAAGCGACAUAUCAGAUUCUAAUUGGUUUAAUGGCGAGGUGUAAGAGGGACGAUCUCGCGAGUGAGGUUAUGGACUACAUGCACGAAGAUGGUGUUCAGCCCGGUCACAUCGAGUACGCAUCCCUGAUCGUGGCGCAUGUUCGGAGUGGGAAGGUGCAGAAAGCGUUAUCUUCCCUCCAAAAGAUGCGGAACGCAGGGCUGAAACCCACCCUGUACCUAUACAACCUUGUCAUCGAUGCGGCUAUGAAGUCGAGUGCCACGUGGCGCGCCGGCAGAAGGCUAUUCCAAGUUAUGCAGCAAGAGGGGAUUCAACCCGACAAAGUGGCCUUCUCCACAAUCAUCACUGGGCUCAGCAGAAACAGGGCGUACGUGGAUGCCGUGAACAUGCACAAGCAGAUGGAAAACUGCAAUUUCCUUCCCGAUCGAUUCCUCACCAACACGGUGCUCACUUGCCAGAGCAAGAGCGGUGUGUAGCCUACCAUUUUCAACCCAAUAUCGAUGUAUGUAAACUU